CGCGCCCUGUCGCCACAGCAACGGCUGGCCGCGUUGCCGCAGCAUGUCGCUGCCCGAGCCCUUGAGGCGGCGGCUGGGCUCCUUCAGCCGCACCGUCUUCACCGACAGCCAGCGCACGGCCCCGAGGGACCCGGGAGACGGCGCAGACAAUGAAGUAGUUUCCAGUUUACCAUUGCAGAUGUCCCUCUAUUUCAACGUUUAUUUUUUCCCAUUUUGGUGGCUCAGCAUAGUUGUCAUGCUCCAUCUGAAGUAUCCAGUCUUGUCGGAUUACUACAAAUUCAUCUUGGUCACGAUCAUGAUCCUGACCUCAUUAAUAGAGGUCAUUCGACUCUACCUGGGAUACAUGGGCAAUCUGCAGGAGAAAGUCCCUGAGCUGGCUGGGUUUUGGCUCCUGACUCUCCUCCUGCAGUUGCCUAUGAUUCUGUUCUUGCUAUUUAACGAAGGUCUAAAAAUUCAGCCACUUGAGCGAGCAGUGAAUAGCAUCUUUGCUGUCUUCCUCACAUUCCAAGUCAUUGCAGCCUUUGUCACCCUGAAAAGAAUGGUGAACAAACUGGCAACUCACUUUCGCCUUAAUGAGUUUGACCACCUGGAGGAACAGCCCAUUCCUGGUUUUUAUGGCCUUGGUAAAGAAGAAGGAGCAGUUUCAGUGGCUGGUGGGGACCGCAGUGCUAGGGUUCACACACUGAGGCCUUGAGGAGCUAGCGGAGGCAGGCCUCGUGCUGCUACAGAGUUGUUUCCAUUUUGUUUGGUCUUUUUUUACCUUUCUACAUCAAAGAUAUUAAAAAAAAUAGAUAAAAAAAAAGCCAACAUUAAACCUCAGAGAUUGGAGCUUCACUCUGCAAGGA